GCAAUACUCUAGUUUUAAAUAUUUUGAAAGUACGCGAUGGUGAAGUUAUGUGCAAGUGUUUGCUGCGCUUUUAGCAAGAAAUGAUAUUUUAUUUCCUAUACAUUUAAUAUUCAUUAUGGCUGCUGACACUGAUGAAACAAGGGAGAUGGAUGUGAAUUUUGAUGCUAAAGUUAUUGAUGCUGGUAGCCAACGAAUUUUGCAGUUUGUUGAAAACAUUCCUGGUGAUUCAGGUUCACCUGCUGUGGAAAAUGAUAGUACAAAGCAUGAUUUUUUUGCAAAGGGAAGAGAUUUAGAAAGUGCUUUCAUAAAUCAUAAAUACACAGAAGCUGAGAAAAAAGUCUUAGGCCAUUAUGAAAGUUUGGAUUAUUUGCCUCCUCACAGUAAGGCAUAUAGGGAUUGGAUAGCUAAGCAGCCAUCAAGGUUAGAUUGGGAUUACUGGGUGAUGAUGGGUCUUAUUGGAUUUCUUGUUGGUACUCUUGGAUUUUUACUCCAUCAGUUCAUUGAUAUAUUUGCAGAAAUAAAAUGGGAAAGAGCUAGAAAAUUUAUAGAGAAUGAAAACAUUUUCUUUGCAUGGCUAUGGGUUUUAGCAAUCAGCACAUUGUUUGUUCUUAUAAGCUCUUCAUCAGUUGUUAUUUUACGUCCAAGUGCUGGUGGAUCUGGUUUGCCUGAAAUCAUUGCUUACUUGAAUGGUACAAUUGUGCGGCAUAUAUUUAAUGUGAAAACACUGGGAGUUAAGUUUUUAUCAUGUGUAUUUGCAGUAGCAAGUGGAAUGCCUGUUGGUCCUGAAGGUCCAAUGGUUCAUCUUGGAUCAUUAAUUGGUGCAGGUUGUAGUCAACUGAAGUCGUCUACUUUAGGAAUUAAAUUGCCAUUUUUCAAACGAUUUCGUAAUUCUGAAGAUAGGCGAAACUUCAUAUCUGCUGGAGCUGCUGCUGGUGUUGCGUCUGCAUUUGGAUCGCCUGUUGGUGGUCUUCUGUUCUCUAUGGAGGAAGUGUCUUCGUUUUGGAAUAUGAAGCUGUCAUGGCAGACGUUUUUCUGUUGUAUGGUUUCUACUUUUACAACAGAUCUUCUAAAUUCUGCAUUUACUGCAUUUUAUUAUCAAGGAAAUUUUGGAUUAUUUAAAACAGAGAAGUACAUAUUAUUUGAGGUUGUGAAACGAAUUGAUUUGAAUAUUUUAGCUGUUAUCCCAGCAGUUUUAGUUGGAGCCUUAGGUGGCAUGCUAGGUGCAGUAUUUACUUUUCUAAACCUAAAAAUUGCCCGUGCAAGGAGAAAAGUGUUAUCUUCCAUAAAAUCUACAUAUCUCCAGAAAACAGCCCAAAUAUCUGAACCUCUGUUAAUAAUGGUCGUCAUGGGAACAGUCUCUGUUUUCUUGCCAGCUUUGUUUCCUUGCACAACAUUCUUUUGUUCACUGGCUAGUAAAAAAUCAGAAUGCAAUACCAGUAAUCAAAUCCUUGUAGAGCAUAAUGUGGAGCAUUAUAGCUGUCCUCACAGAGAGAACAUAACGGCAGUUCGGUCAGGAUAUAAUAUUAGCUAUAAUGAAGCUGCAACUUUAUUGUUUCUAACUGGAGAAAAAGCUAUUCAUCAUCUUUUCUCCCGGGAAACACAUCUGGAGUUUAAUUUCAUAUCUUUGUUUGUCAUUUUGCCUAUAUAUUUUGUUCUAGCAUGUUGGGCUGCUGGCACUGCAAUUUCCAGUGGUGUUGUUAUUCCAAAAAUGUUUAUUGGUGGUCUGGUGGGGCGUAUUGUUGGUAGAGUUAUGGUAGAAGCGUUUGGUAUUCAUUCUGAUCAAUACUGGGCAUGGAUGGACCCUGGUGCUUUUGCUUUAAUAGGUGCAGCUGCUUUCUUUGGAGGAGUAUCACGACUCACCAUGUCACUUACAGUUAUAAUGGUUGAAUUAACAAAUGAUGUCCAGUUUCUUCUGUUGAUUAUGAUUGCUAUCAUGGUCUCAAAGUGGGUUGGUGACUAUGUAACACAUCCUUUUUACCAUGCUCAACUAGAAUUAAAGUGCAUUCCAUUUUUGGAUUCAGAGCCAGUAAUUUUGUAUGAUGGAAAAAGAAAUUUAAAUCUUGAACUGUUUGAAGUGUGCCAUAUAAUGUCAAGUCCAGUAAUUACUUUGGAAACUGUCAUUGCUGUUGAUGCCCUAGCAAAACUGCUGUUGGAGUCAAAACAUUGUGGUUUUCCUGUUGUAAAAUUAAGUCAUGGUGUUGAAACAUUUUGUGGUUUAAUUACUAGGACUGAGCUAAGUGUUUUGCUGUGUCAUGAAGAUAUAUUUAAUUCCGAUGGAACAGUGCCAGUAUUAGGUGUGGAUUAUGAUCAGUUUUGUGAUGAUGAUGUUGAAAAACUUGGUAGAUCUCCUAGUUUUUUAAACUUGCUUACAAAACUGGCUUCAGAAGAAUAUUCUCAAAAAUACAUAAAUUUGGUCCCAUAUGCAAAUAGAUCAGCAGUUUGUGUGAAUAAGUCAUUUUCACUUCAUCGUGCCUACAUUAUAUUUCGUUCUUUGGGAUUACGACAUUUGGUUGUUAUUGAUGAAAGAAAUCAAGUUGUUGGAAUUAUCACUAGGAAAGAUUUAAUGGGAUACAGUAUGGAGGAAAAAUUACUUGCACAUGUGAAUCAAAGUUAUGAGCAUGAAAUUGAAGAAAUGCAACCAGUGGCACAAUAAUGCAAGGAUUUGUUACAUAAUUUAAAAAUUAAGAUGUUGACAAUUUCUGUUCAAGAAUGUGAAAAUAUGUACAUAUAUUUCUUAAAAUUUUGACUGUGUAUUGAUAUUUUUCUGUGUUAUUAAAUUUUUUAAAUAAUAA